AUCCGCUGCCGGCGGCCUGAAUUACCCGGCCGUUGUGGCGGUUGCGGCGGUUCUGUACCCAGGAUCCGAAUGGAGGCGGCACGGGACCCAGGCCCGGGGUUGUGCUGCAAGCCCGGCGGGCGUCUGGACAUGAGCCACGGCUUCGUACACCAUAUCCGUCGGAACCAGAUCGCUCGGGACGACUACGACAAGAAGGUGAAGCAGGCGGCCAAGGAGAAGGCGAGGAGGCGCCACACGCCCGCGCCCACGCGGCCCCGCAAGCCAGACCUACAGGUGUACCUGCCGCGCCACCGAGAUGGCUCUACCCACCCAGUGAACCCAGACUGUGAGGAGUCCAGUGAGAGCAGCAGUAGUGGAAACUCUGAGCUGGAGCCUCCUGGUCGCCAGCUCUUCUGUUUAGAAUAUGAAGCGGACAGUGGAGAGGUCACAUCAGUUAUUGUAUAUCAGGACGAUGAUCCCGGAAGGGUGAGUGAGGAAGUAUCAGCACACACACCUCUGGAUCCAGCCAUGCGAGAGGCCCUCAGAUUGCGCAUCCAGGAGGAACUUGCAAAGCGCCAGAGCCGACACUGAUGGGGUUGAAGGGCAGGAUUCACUGCACUUGGCAGAAUUUUGCCCAAGGAGCUCACCUCUAGUUUGGGGGGUGCCAGGAUGAAUCCAUGUGAUCUUCAGGGAUAAUGUCCUCCUCUAAGCUGCUGUAUCCACAAGGGUCUUGCAGGACCACAUCCGACCUACCUCUCAGCAGCUAUUCUCUCUUAUCUCAUCUAACCUAACAUUCUGGAAUUUUGGCUUUGGCUAACGGUGUUUUGGGGGCAGAGACUUCAGGGAGAGCCAGGCUUUCUGAAGCCUUUGCCCGUGUGCUGUUGUCUUGGUGAGGUUAUUUGUCAGGCUCCUUCGUGUUUCUGCUUUCUUCCACUCAUCUUUCCCCAGGCCUGUUUUCAGUCAUCACUUUUCGUUUCUCCUAGCUUUCUGCCUUGGGUAGAGUCCAUUUCUACCCCCCCCCCCCACCCGCAACAUGACUGUUUUUCUGCCACUCAGGAAUUUAGAAGUGGGGCUUCUGGAAGCCUGCCUUCCUUGACAAGUUCUCCAAGUAAUUCUGAUGCCAAUAAAACAGGAGAGCUUUGGUUUUGAGGCCUAUUUGGAAACACAUCUCCUUCCCCUUCUGUGGCCUUCCCAAGCUACUCAUGCCUCACUGCUUUGCACUGUCUGUGUAGACUGCAUAGGAGACCCAGGAAGAAGGUGCUGUGCUAAGUUGCUGUCCUUUGUUGAAAACCUGUCCUGCUAAGCAUGGGUGGCACAUGCCUUUAAUCCCGGUACUCAGGAGGUAGAGACAGGUGGAUCUCUGUGAGUUCAAGGCCAGCCUGGUCUACAUACCAGCACAUCUAGUGGCAGGACAGACAGUGGUAGAAAGAACCUAUCUCAAAACAACAACAACAACAAGAAAGGUUUAAAAAAGUAAAACCUGCCUUGGCUAGGCUUACCAAAUUCACCUCCUAGCUGUGAACAGACUACCUUCUGCUCAGACUAAAGGGGAAUUAUCAAAGCAGAUGCUCCAAUUGUGGUUUAGCAAUCUUGAGUUAUUGAAGUUGGGAGAGUUGACAAUAGCUAUAAUUGUCCUGAGGUGGGAGGGCCCCAGUUUCAAAAAGGAGUUGAGAAGAACAUCAUCAAGAAAGUGAAAUGACCCUUUCUCUGCUCCAUGCUUUCUUCUCUCAUACCUCCCAAGAAUAUGUCUGAGCAUGAUGACGCACGCUUUAACCUUACCAGCAUGGAAGAGGCCAGAGUAUGAGACUGCCUAAGUUAAAGACCAACCUGAGCUGUCUCGAGAGAAAACUAAGUAAAUGUACCUUAGGUCCUUUGGGUAAAGAUCCCCAGACAGAGCAUUUUUCCAGCAGGGGACAUGUUUUCCAACACUAGCUUAGGCUAACUAAGGUCUGAAGUCCAUAAGACAUCCUGUGCACGGGAAUUCAGGGCUACCUAAGACUUCUGACAUACGAGCCUAACUUCAGCAACCUGAAACAUGAGUCAUAAAACAGCCCACAGCCGAACCUCCUACCCCGGGCGUUUGUCUUCUAGGGUCUCAAGAUCAUUCUAACUGUAGGAGUUCAGUAGCUUGUCUCUUCUGGGACACCUGGGGUCCCUGCUGUGUUUUAUCCCCUUCUGCUGAAAACAUGUAAUGUAGCGGGCAUCGGCUUUAUGCAUUAAAAGAGUGACUCACAGCUUGCUGUGCCAGAGCUCUGGGGCAUUGGGUGAGGUGGUGAGUUAGAAGGGCCUAGUCCAGAAGUAGCUGGGGACCUGAAUGCUCUAGACCAGGAGAGCUGGUCCCAGAGCUCAGUGCCUUAAGCUUGAGUCCUGAUCUCAGUCUGCUGUCAGGGAAACGCCUUCACCCAGUACUUGUGCACUAGUGCUGAAAGUGCCUGUGGCCUUACUUGGUUAGAUACCAUCCAGAGCCUUCGGGGUGAAGGAGGGUCUGCCACACUCCAUGCUCUUCAUCCUCCAGUUAAUCAGUCCAUAUUCUGACUUAAAACACAGGAUUCACUGGAACUCUGGCUGGACAAAGAACAUUGGAAUCUCUUUGGGGUCUGUGUUCUUAGAGCUAUGCUUCCUAUAUCCUGAUUCUGUUAUUGUACACCUGUUAAAAACACCUGAAGAAGAAUCUGAGGACCAGCACCUACAAAUUUGCCGUUAUUCCCACUUCUUGAUGAAGGACAAAAUAGAUACAGUGUUCUGUAGAGGCCGUUCAUGUGUUCAUAUGGUCCUCACAAAGACCCUGCGCAGAAAGGAGACGGAUGGAAACUUCUCUAAGCUCCUUUUCCAGAAGCACUUUGCUUAUCAGUAUGUAUGAAAGAUUUUCUAGCUAAGAAAGCACUCUUGAUUCUUAGCUAAUUUGUCCUGUAUGACUACCUAAAGCCCCAGACUUGUGCCCAAAUGAAAUGGUCAUUCUGAGCCAGCCUGUGAGAGCUGAUAUUUUCUAGGCACCCCUAAAAUGUCUCUUAGGGGCCACCCUCAGCCUUAUGGCAUAGCUUUGUUGCUCUGCUGGCCUAUUCUGGGGUCCGUAGUAAUGUCCAGUUUACUUGGCAACCCUGCUUCCAGAUGCUUCUCUUACCUAUUUCAAAAUUCACAGGCCAUAGUGAGUUCUCAGAACUGCCCAAUGUUACAGCACAGCAUGCCAUAGGCAGGACUUAACAGCAAACUGCCCCAGAAUCAACAUUCAUUUGAGUAGAUAAGUUCUUAACUGUCUUUUUUGGGGGAAGGGGGUAUGGGGUCAGGAGGCUGAGCCAGGUAUGAUGGUACAUGCUGGUAAUCCCAGCAUUUGAAAGGCUGAGAUAAAAGGAUUGCCCUAUAGCCAGGCAUAGUGGCACAUACCAUUAAUCCCAGCACUUGGGAGGCAGAGAUAAGGUCUCCUGAGGCCAGCCUUAUCUACAAAGCAAGUUCAGGACAGCUACAAGUACAUAGAGAAACCCUGUCUCAAACCCUACCCCGAUUAUUUAAGAAAAAAAAAAGACUGCUAUGAGUUCGAUGCCAGCGUGAGCUACAUAAACCUUGUAUCAAACAAAAAGUCUCAUUCCCAUUCUCUAUGGAAUGUUUUUUCCCCUUAGUUCUUAACUAGAGUUAAGCCUGUAUUUUACAGUUUUGUGAUUCCUGGACCAAGUGUGUAUUAUUCAUGAGAGAGAGAAUUGGUUUUUGCAAGGGGGUUUGUGCUGUGCAAGAAUAAAUGAUAAAGCCGGGGUUGUAGCCCCCUGGCAAGCGUGACUCUGAAGAGUGCAAAGAAGGGAAAAAUGUAAAAGUGUAUACGAUGAGAGUAAAGUGUAUGCUGGCUGCAGUCUAGCCAGCAGGUGUGGAUCUAGAGGAAAUGUGAAAGAACAUUCCAUCUCUCUGGUCGUGGGUGUACUGCCAACUGGAGAGCAGCCCAGAUAGGUGGAAGCUCUUUGGGGUGGUGAGUGUCCAACCUGCUGUGUUUAACAAGACCUGUGUCAGGGUGGUGCUUCCUAGAUAACUCAAAUUUAAGUGAGACCCUCAUAUAAGGACAGAUGACUUUUCUGCCUCUGAGCCUUUGGGAAUCUCAUAUGCAAUGCUGGCAGUUGUUUGAAACCUUACUCUUGAAUGCCCACCCUGUCCCUGCCGAGCUGUUGGUGCCAGCCCAAAUUUCCUUGGUGUUAGAGUGUGGCUAGAAGUGAAAACCUUCCUAGUUAGGGGUUCCUCCCUUCCCAGAGCAAACAGAGCAAGAGGUUGGGAAUGGUGGGGAACAGCUCAAGAGAUGAAGACAGAAGGAUCACUGUCCAUUUGAGAGUAGCCUAAGCCACACAGCAAACUUCCAAGUGUCCUGGCUAUGUCAUGGUGCUAAAUGUGGAAAAAGCCAUGCAUUCUUUUCUCAUUCCCAGUGUUUCUGUAUAAAUAAAAUGAAUUAUGCAAAGUGUUUGAAAAUCAUGGAAGGUACUUUUUAAACCAAUAAACUAUUUUUACAGCA